CCGCAUGCUCGUGGGCGACCCUAACAACCGGGAGGAGAGCAAGGUGCCGCCAGGGCUCUGCUUCCGGUGCGAGGCGAACAAGCAGCAGAACCCGUUUGGCGGGGCGCCGUGCACGGGGGCCGACACCAAGUCGUUCCCCAAGUCGACGUGCGGCGGCGGCUGGCGCGUGACGGUGACGUUCCCGUCGUGCUGGGACGGGCAGAACGUCGACACGCCGGACCACAAGAGCCACGUGGCGUACCCGGCCAGCGGCACGUUCGAGAGCGGCGGCCCUUGCCCGGCCAGCCACCCGGUCAAGAUCCCGCAGGUCAUGUACGAGAUCAUGUACGACACGACCCCGUUCAACAACAAGAACGAGUGGCCCGCGGACGGCUCCCAGCCCUUCUACUGGAGCCACGGCGACAACACGGGCUACGGCAUCCACGGCGACUACGUCUUCGGCUGGAAGGGCGACGCCCUGCAGAGGGCCAUGGACAACAAGUGCGCCGGCGACCGUUGCGCCCCGCUCCAGAGGCAGUCCGACGCCGAUGCCAUCGCGUGCACCAAGCCCCAGAGUGCCAAGGAGGCUAUUGGCGACGACUGGCUCCCUACCAUUCCCGGUCAGCAGUGAUAAAAUACAUACUCAAGAAGAGGAGGGCUUGGAGGUGAACGAGAACAUAUGGAGUCUCGGGAUGAUGGCUCGUUCGUUCCUUUGACAUGUU